GGGUGGAUGUUGAGACAUAUUUAGUUGUUAUUUAACCUUCUUCAGUUUAUCAUCUUCUUCAUUUUAAUUGGUUUUUUUUUCAAAAUUCUCUCGAAAGCAAAAUUAUGGUGGAAAUCUACAAUCUUCCUUCAUAUUAUCAUGUAUCCACUACAUGUAUUACUAGACUUGUUCUAGCCAAACUGAUUCUGUUUUACUCCUUUUUUACUGAACCUUGGUUUAUGCUGACCGGUGUGUUAUCAUCUUUCAUCAGGAGUAUACCUGGAUUGGUUGAGAUAUCUCCACCCCCUCUUCUUACCCCCCUUCUCUCAGCUGAGAUAAUGGCGGAUACUCUGGUUAUGAUGGGGCUCUGUUGGAAGUCCAGGAUGUGUAUGAUCCCUUGGCUGUUUCUGAAUAUGCUUGGAAUACUUGCAACCUCACUGGCAGUGGUCAACAAAGUGUCAGUUUCAGAUGAAUUCUUGAAAAGAAUGGAUGGUGACUUAGAGAGUAUAGCUGCAGAAUUACAUCUAAUGGUUUGUGUACUAUGCCUUGUACUAUUGCUAUGUACCCUGAGCUAUCAGUACAGUUGUGUACUAGAUAUAUAUUUCCAUAUUCAUCGGAGCUCUAACUUCUGCAUUAGGGAGAAGGAAGGAAGCGUGCAAGGAAAGGUAGAGAACGGGAAUGUAUAUUCACCUGUGUUGACCGGAAAUGUUUUCUCUGACACUGGAUUUUAUUCUACUGCAACAGAGACUGCCUCCUUCUACGACGGAGGAAGUGGCUUGAUUGCUUCUCCGACCUGUUCUCCACCUCUACCCUGCACCUCUGCUCCGUCCUGCUCUCAAACCAGCAGUUUUAUUACGAUCAAUCCAACUGCUCAGCGUCCUGUCAGUUCUCACCAGACCAGCUUUCAUUAUGAGACCCCAAGCAUCUGCACCGAGGAGAACAGGAAGAGCUGCAGCUUUAUAGAACAAAACACAAAAAGCAGCAGUUUGUUAGAGCAGCAAACCCAGAGCAGCUGCAUUGAUGGAGGGAGCAGCAGGAACUCAUUGAACACAUUCAAGUUUUCAUUUGAUGAUGAAAAUUUUACAUAAAUCAAAUCAUCUUGAUCUCUCUCCUUGACCUUCCUUAUUUCUCCCCUAAAUAUUCUUGAUAACUUUUACCUUCCUGAUAUCCUCUAUUUCUUCCCAAUAUAAACCCUUUAACCUUCCAGUUAUUCGUUCUUUGAUAUCCUCUAUUUCUUCCCAAUAUAAACCCUUUAACCUUCCAGUUAUCGGUUCUUUUAUAUCCAUUUUAACUUCCCAAUAUAACCCUUUAACUUCCCAAUAUCCACUUCAUCUUCCCAAUAUCCACUUUAACUCCUUAGAACUACUUAAUCUUCCUAAUAUCUAUUAUACUCUCCUAAAAUCCCCUUUAACUUCCAAACAUACACUUUAACCUCCAAAUAUUCAGUUCAGCGUCAUAAUCUUUUCGUCCCCUUUCCUAAAACCCCCUUAAUCCACGUGAUAUCCACUUUAACUUCCUAAUAUCCACUUUAACUUUCUUAUAUCCACUUUAACUUCCUAAUAUCCACUUUAACUUCCUUUCCUAAUAUCUACUUUAACUUCCUACUAUCCUCUUUCACUUCCUAUUAUCCACUUUAACCUCCAAAUAUCCAGUUCAACGUCAUAAUAUUCUCGUCCCCUUUCCUGAAACCCCCUUAAUCUACCUGAUAUCUACUUUAACUUCCUAAUAUCCUCUUUAACUUCAUAAUUUCCUCUUUAACUUCCUAAUAUCCACUUUAACUUCCUAAUAUCCACUUCAACUUCCUAAUAUCUACUUUAACUUCCUAAUAUAAACUUUAACUUCCUAAUAUCUAAUUAAACUUCCUAAUAUCCUCUUUAACUUCCCACUUUCCACUUUAACUUCCUAAUAUCCACUUUAACUUCCUAAUAUCUACUUUAACUUCCUAAUAUCAACUUUAACCUCCUAAUAUCUACUUAAACUUCCUAAUAUGCUCUUUAACUUCCCACUAUCCACUUUAACUUCGUAAUAUCUACUUGAGCUUCCUAAUAUCCAAUUUAACUUCUUAAUAUCUACUUAAGCUUCCUACUUUUCUCUUUAACUUCCUUAUAUCCACUUUAACUUCCUAACAUCCUCUUCAUAUUCCUGUUAUAAUUCUUAACUUCCUGAUAUACCCUUUAACCUUCUGAUACUCACUUCAACUUAUUAAAAUCUAGUCCAAAUUCAUAAUAUCCAAUCUGACUUCUGAAUAUCUACUUGAAUAUCCAAUUUAGCUUUCUGAUAUUCCCAUUUACUUCCAAGUAUCUACCUAAAUGUUUUUACCUACUGUUCUCUCCUACCUGAUAUUUCCCUUGCAUUUCUUUCCCUCCCAACUUCCCAUUUCUCUUUAAUUAAUUGCCAAUCUUAUUUUGCCAUGCAAUACUCAUAAACGAUAUAGUUUCUACCUUUAUCAGUUUUGCUAUCAGUUUUUUAUAAUUUUCUUUACUGUUUAUACUUCUUUAUAGUUUAUACAGUGGAACAAGAAAACUGUGGAAUGGAAAGACGAGAAUCUGUAUUUGAAGUUGUUUUAAAGUAAAAAGUAUUAACAUUGUAGCGUAAAAAUCAACUUGUUAUAAGAAAAAUAGAUUCAACACUCACAA